UUCCCUUGGUGGCACCCCGCCAGCUAGAGGAAGCCACCAUGUCCAUAAGGUUCGACCAAUGGAUGGCAAUCAAUGGGGUCGAAUAUGAGAGCAUCGAAGAGAAGGAGAAACGCUUCAAUGUCUUCAAAGAAAACCUCAGGUUGAUAGAGUCUGUCCAUGCAGACAAGCGAUCCUACAAGCUGAGCCUCAACAAGUUUGCUGACUUGAGUCUGGAUGAAUUUCGGGAGCAGUACAUGGGCUUGAGGGCAGAUGCUGCUGUCGGUAAGAAGGCCCCGGUGGGACCUUUCAUGCAUGCCAAUCUGUCGGCACCGCCGGACACCAUAGAUUGGAGGGAGAAAGGGGCGGUGACUCCAAUCAAGAACCAAGAAGCUUGCGGAUGUUGUUGGGCGUUCUCGGCCGUGGCUGCAGUGGAGAGCAUAACAAAGAUCAAGACUGGAAACUUAGUGUCUUUGUCUGAGCAAGAAGUGCUGGACUGCGUCACUGGUGGCGUGAGCAGAGGUUGUAUAAGCGGGUUGAUGGGGGAGGCAUUUCGGUUCAUCAUAAACAACGGUGGCCUCGCCAGGGAGACCGACUACCCAUACCAGUCAAUCCAGGGCACAUGCGAUGCCCAAAAAUCAUCCUCUAAAGCAGGCACAAUCACUGGUUACGAACGUAUUCUUUCUGGUGAUGAGGACUCAUUGCUUCUUGCCGUUGCCAACCAGCCAGUAUCUGUUGGUAUUGAUGGUAGCGGGUUCGAAUUUAAGCAUUAUUCUGAGGGGGUAUUCACAGGAGAUUGUGGCACCCAAAUGAAUCAUGCUGUCACAAUUAUCGGCUACGGAACUGCCGACGAUGGCACCGACUACUGGCUAAUCAAGAACUCCUGGGGCGAAACAUGGGGUGAUAAAGGGUACAUGAAAUUAAAGCGAGGAGUGAACCUAUGCGGCGUAGCAGUCCAGGCUUCGUACCCUGACGCAUAGUCCACACCCUCUCGCUUAUACCUGGGAUCCUAGUUCGUUUUCAGCGUCGAUGAUUUGUAUUCUGCUUUGCUCUUGUUACAUUUCAU